GGGCCAUGGAGCUGGCGGUCGGGAACCUCAGCGAGGGCAACGCGAGCUGGCCGGAGACCUUAGCCCCGGAGCCCGGGCCGCUGUUCGGCAUCGGCGUGGAGAACUUCGUCACGCUGGUGGUGUUCGGCCUGAUCUUCGCGCUGGGCGUGCUGGGCAACAGCCUAGUGAUCACUGUGCUGGCGCGCAGCAAGCCGGGCAAGCCGCGGAGCACCACCAACCUGUUCAUCCUCAACCUGAGCAUCGCCGACCUGGCCUACCUGCUCUUCUGCAUCCCCUUCCAGGCCACGGUGUACGCGCUGCCCACCUGGGUGCUGGGCGCCUUCAUCUGCAAGUUCAUACACUACUUCUUCACCGUGUCCAUGCUGGUCAGCAUCUUCACCCUGGCCGCGAUGUCAGUGGACCGCUAUGUGGCCAUCGUGCACUCGCGGCGCUCCUCCUCCCUCAGGGUGUCCCGCAACGCGCUGCUGGGCGUAAGCUGCAUCUGGGCGCUGUCCAUCGCCAUGGCCUCGCCCGUGGCGUACCACCAGGGCCUCUUCCAGCCGCGCGCCAGCAACCAGACUUUCUGCUGGGAGCAGUGGCCUGACCCUCGCCACAAGAAGGCCUAUGUGGUGUGCACCUUCGUCUUCGGCUACUUGCUGCCGCUCCUGCUCAUCUGCUUCUGCUAUGCAAAGGUUCUUAAUCAUUUGCAUAAAAAGUUGAAGAACAUGUCAAAGAAGUCUGAAGCAUCCAAGAAAAAGACUGCGCAGACCGUUCUGGUGGUGGUCGUGGUGUUUGGAAUCUCCUGGCUGCCGCACCACAUCAUCCAUCUCUGGGCUGAGUUUGGAGUUUUCCCGCUGACCCCGGCUUCCUUCCUCUUCAGAAUCACCGCCCACUGCCUGGCGUACAGCAAUUCCUCCGUGAAUCCUAUCAUAUACGCGUUUCUCUCUGAAAAUUUCAGGAAGGCCUAUAAGCAAGUGUUCAAGUGUCACAUUCGCAAAGAUUCACAUCUGAGUGAUAAUAAAGAAAAUAAAAGUCGAAUAGACACCCCACCAUCAACCAAUUGUACGCAUGUGUGAUAA